AUGGUUCUCUCCAGGUGUAUAACUUCUCAGAUGGAUAUGAUUGCGUGGAAAUCAUCUCAGGCGUUUGCUCAUAUCAUGAGUUUCAUAGAAGGCGUUAACGUUUAUGUUAGAGCAAAAACCAUAAACGAUCGUCAAACAAUGUCAGGCGUAGGUUGCGAUUUUCGCUUACUUGUACAGAACAUAUCGAAAGUAAUUGCGCUUUUAGAUCGUCUUGACGCUCAAGUUGAUCAAACGCCAUUGGAAGUGAGCCCUCAGCGUUAUGGAAACAGGGCUUUCGUCGAGUACUAUAUGUGGUUGAAUGAAAAUGCGCUCCAAAUACUUGUUGAAAAAUUAGACAUUGACCCAAAUACGGAGCAUCUUGAUGAAGUUGUUAAUUAUCUAACCGAAUCCGUGGGUAAUUUCGUGCGUAUUGAUUAUGGAACUGGUCAUGAGCUUUCCUUCAUCGCAUUUCUAAUAUCAUUAUUUAAAAUUGGGUAUUUGAAACAACCUCACAUGCCGAUUCGCACUCUUAAUACUGGUCCUUCCACUCAAUUAAACGACUACGCAGCAUCCGGGUUAUACAUACUCCCCGCUUAUCUCAAAUUAGUUCGACACUUGCAGACCUACUUCAGAAUGGAGCCAGCUGGUUCCCACGGUGUUUGGAGUUUGGAUGAUUUCCAGUUCGUCCCUUACAUUUGGGGUAGUAGUCAAUUAGUUGGCACGGGUCUUUACAAUCCGUCCGACAUCCCUAGUAGAGAAAUAGCUGAAAAAGAAGCCAAUUCCAAUUUGCUCUUCUCUUGUAUAAACUAUAUCUAUCAUGUGAAGAUUGGUCCCUUUGCCGAGCAUUCUAGCUGCCUGGAGAGCCUUAGCAGAGUGCCGAAUUGGGAGAAGGUCAACUCCGGAAUGAUUAAGAUGUACAAAGGAGAGGUUCUGGACAAAUUCCCAGUUGUUCAACACUUUCUCUUCGGUCAAUUACUCUCUUUUGAUUCCUCAUCUGCGGCCCAACAUCUUCCUGCAGCCUUCCCAUCCCCUCCUUUUAUUAAACCCGCUGGAGACCCCUAG